GGGAGGCUUUCCUGUUGAAGUGUACACAUCGUCUUCAGACAAUAAGUGGAAAAAACUGGCUUAAAGGCGGAUAUCCAGAAAAGAGAGACACAAGGCCUAACGUUUUAAAACAUCUCGUCCUAUCCGACCGGAGCGGCUUCAUGCUGCGUCACCGCGAAGACGUUUGAGAGCUGCUGCCGGGUGUGGGGCCACCGAGAGUGGGGGGAAAAUGCCUUCUUUCUCGUGGAGGGUUUGGCCUGCACUUGUGAACCUGUUUUUCCCUUGCGCAGUAAUUGCAGAAGAUCCCUCGUUGCUGAACAGCUGGCACGAUGUCUGGUUCUUCCGUUUCCUCGUCAACAUGCUGGGAUACGCCACCAUCAUCGUCCCGGGAUAUUUUCUUAUUAGUUACUUCAAACGCUCAAAUUACCUGGACAGAGGUAGUGGGAUUUGCUAUCCGCUCAUAAAGACCUGCGUGUUUGGUGGUGAGGACAAGAGCGGCCUGUUGGACGAUGUGUCCACCUCAAGCAGGAACGAGCCUGACUCAGGCUCGUCAGUCAAACACACGAUAAAGUUAAUGUUUUGUGCAGCUGGACUUCAGGCUUCUUAUCUGACGUGGGGAGUCCUCCAGGAGAGAGUGAUGACUCGCUCCUAUGGAGCUGCAGCCCCAGACCACGACGGCGAGAAGUUCAAGGAUUCCCAGUUUUUAGUCUUCAUGAACCGCAUCCUGGCGCUGACCGUGUCUGGACUCUGGUGUGUGUUGUUCAAGCAGCCUCGCCACGGCGCCCCCAUGUACAAAUACUCUUUUGCUUCGCUCUCCAACAUCCUGAGCAGCUGGUGUCAGUACGAGGCCCUGAAGUUCAUCAGCUUCCCCACGCAAGUCCUGGCCAAGGCCUCCAAGGUCAUUCCUGUCAUGCUCAUGGGGAAGCUCAUUUCUCGUAAAAGCUACGAGUACUGGGAGUACUUUACCGCCGUGCUGAUCUCCGUCGGCGUCAGCAUGUUCUUGCUGUCCAGCACGACGAGCAAGCACCCGUCCACUGUCACCACAUUCAGCGGCGUCGUCAUCCUCAUUGGCUACAUCGUCUUCGACAGCUUCACAUCCAACUGGCAGGACAAUCUAUUCAAGUACAAGAUGUCAUCCGUGCAGAUGAUGUUCGGGGUCAAUCUGUUCUCCUGCCUCUUCACCGUCGGCUCGCUGCUGGAGCAGGGUGCCUUCUUCGAGUCGCUGGCCUUCAUGACGCGCCACUCGGAGUUUGCGUUCCACGCCGUGCUGCUGUCCGUGUGCUCGGCGUGCGGACAGCUCUUCAUCUUCUACACUAUCAACCAAUUCGGCGCCGCCGUCUUCACCAUCAUCAUGACGCUGCGCCAGGCCUUUGCCAUUCUUCUCUCCUGUUUCCUCUACGGCCACGCCGUCACCGUCGUCGGGGGCUUCGGUGUCGCCGUGGUUUUUAUCGCGCUUUUCCUGCGAGUUUACGCACGCAGCCGCAUGAAGGCGAACCGGCAGUCAUCACUGCCGCAGAAGGUGUAGCGCUCCAGAGGCGCACCAAAGUACGAAGUACGGCCACGUUUUCUGUGGUGCUAUUUGUCUUUUUGUUUGUUUGCAUCUUGUUCCUAGUUCUUUAAUGCUGUUACUUUGGAUGCUUUGUUUUGCUUUUGUUGAUAUUGGUAUAAAAAAGGGAGUUUUGACUGUCAGAUGCCCCUAAGGGGCCAACACAGCAUACAUUUUCAGAGGCUUCGAGUGCCUAUAUGAUUGUCUUACAUUUCAAACUCCAAACAGCCUCUGGAGCUCUAUCCCUUAUGUGUUUGGGGUUUUUUUACUUUUAACCACCAUAUGUGGCUUUUGCAGCCAAUUUAAGGUAAAUGUAUGCCUCAGCAUUAAUCAACACUAUCCAAAAAACAAUAAAAACGUCAGCUUUUUCUUAAAGAUGCUUUAUUUAUGUCCGGGUUACAGAAAUACCAUAUAAACAGUUUCAUGCUGAGAAUAAACGUCUGUGUCUUUAUGUAAUAUUUUAUAUUUUAAAACUGGAAACACAGUUUUGUAAACACAUUAGAUGCAUUUCUGUUAACUUGUCCAAUAUUUCAGCAGCUUCCGUUAUCAUAUUUCGGGGGGAAAUAACAAAUGGACUGUAAAAAGUACAUAAUUUUAAUUAGACUUCAUAGCACCAAUUGAAUUUUUAUUUUUAGUUUGGUUGUAAGUUCAAAACAUCUGUUCAAGAAAACAAAAAAAAAAUGUCAAUAUGUCCUUUAUUAUCUUUCCAAUGAGCAUUUCUGUUUUUUUCUUCUCUAAAGGACUGACUGGUUUGUUUUUAUGUGAAUGUUUGGAUGAACACUGUCACAAAGAUGUGAACUUACUGUAGUUUUCAGGUCAGAAUGCACACAAGGGAAAUGCAAUGUUACUGAUACCUGGUUUUUAUCAUUCUACUACUUUUCUUUGGUUAAUGGAUUAAUAAUAAAACCUGUUAAAUUAACGUGA